AUGAAGUGGCUGAUUUUUGUGGCUCUUUUCGGGCUGAGUGUGGCCCAACACAACCCUCACUUGAAGCACGGACGCACCUCCAUUGUCCACCUUUUUGAGUGGAGGUGGGCCGACAUCGCAGAGGAAUGUGAGCGAUUCCUCGGACCCAAUGGGUUUGGAGGAGUUCAGAUCUCUCCCCCCAACGAUCACAUUGUUCUGGAUACUCCCUGGAGGGCUUGGUAUCAACGCUAUCAGCCAAUUGGCUACGACCUCUGCUCCCGAUCAGGAAAUGAAGCCGAGCUCCGCGACAUGAUCACCAGAUGCAACAAUGUUGGGGUGAACAUCUAUGUUGAUGUUGUGAUUAACCACAUGUGCGGCUCUGGAGGAGGUGAGGGCACUCACUCGUCCUGUGGCACCUGGUUCAGUGCCACCAAAAAAGACUUCCCCAGCGUUCCUUAUUCCGGAUGGGACUUCAAUGACCAUAAGUGCAAGACCAGCAGUGGAGAAAUUGAAAACUAUGGAGACCCUUAUCAGGUCCGGGACUGCCGUCUAGUGGGUCUUCUAGACCUAGCUCUGGAAAAGGACUACGUCAGAAGUAAAGUGGCUGGAUUUCUGAAUAAGCUGAUCGACCUGGGUGUGGCCGGGUUCAGAGUGGAUGCAGUUAAACACAUGUGGCCUGGAGACCUACAGAAUGUGUAUGGACGCCUGAAUGACCUCAACACCGAGUGGUUUUCCGAAGGAUCCAGGCCUUUCAUCUUUCAGGAGGUUAUUGACUUGGGAGGCGAGUCCAUCUCUCACAGGGAGUACACCUCCUUGGGCCGAGUCACCGAGUUCAAAUAUGGCGCCAAAUUGGGAACUGUGAUGAGGAAGUGGAACGGAGAGAAACUUCACUACACCAAGAGCUGGGGUGAGGGCUGGGGCUUCAUGCCCAAUGGAGAUGCGCUGGUCUUUGUGGAUAACCAUGACAACCAGAGAGGCCACGGAGCGGGCGGAGCCUCAAUCGUCUCCUUCUGGGACUCUCGCCUCCACAAGAUGGCCGUCGGCUACAUGCUGGCCCACCCAUAUGGAGUCACCAGGGUCAUGUCCAGCUUCAGAUGGGACCGACACUUUGUCAAUGGGAAGAGGAAGAUCAAAGAUGUGUACCCAAAUGCCCAUUAUAUCCACUGCUAUGCACACCAACUCAACCUGAUCAUGCAACAGGCCAUCUCUCACAUUUCCAAGCGUACGGCUGUCCUUGAUAAAACGGUGGCCCGUAGACUACCAACAUCCAGCAAUGUCCGAUGGAACUUUCACAGCCGAGCCAUCAACACUGUGUUUGAGCAGAGAGAUGAUCUCAUUCAAUGUUUUGAGAACAUACGAGAUUCGGGUGACUUUGACUCCAACACCAUCAGAGAGGCAGGAGCCAUGGCCAUGCUGCUGGAACAUCAGGACUUUAAGUUCUUCCUGGAACUUUUUCACCACAUCAUGCCACUUGUGGACCUCCUCUAUGCCAAGCUCCAGAAGAAGAACAUAGAUGCAGUCCACAUCAAAAGGAGCAUCCAGCAGUUCGAACAGGACAUACAAAACAUCAGGUAA